AAAAUUUUCAAGGUUUCCAAAAUGGUCAAGUCGUAUUUGAGAUUCGAGCCCUGGAAAACCUUUGGCAUCAUUUCUAGCUCCUCCUCGAAUACAAUUUUCUCCAGUGAAGGUACGUUCGCAGUCGCUCCCGCAUUAGAAGAUAAAAGAAAAUGGAAUGACACCGAUAAUAAAUCAGAAGUAACCGUGAUUGCAAAAAGUCCAAACAAUAGCGACUAUGCUGUAGGGUAUGCCGAUGGAUCAAUUCGGAUAUGGAAUUUGGAAAGAUCAACCAAUUCGCUUAUUUUCAAUGGGCAUCGGGGUUCGGUAACUGCCCUGACAUUUGAUAAGACUGGAACGAGAUUGGCGUCCGGAUCAAAAGAUACCGACAUAAUCCUCUGGGACUUAGUUGGUGAAAUAGGGCUCUUCAGGAUGCGCGGUCACAAGGAUCAAGUUACGUCAAUUCGAUUUCUUCCUAGGUAUUUGUCGAGCGAUUCGUUAAAGACAGACGAAGUUUCAUCGCCGGGAUAUCUUAUUUCGUCUUCAAAAGAUACGCUUUUAAAACUAUGGGAUCUUGGCACUCAACAUUGUAUGGAGACCGUAGUAGCACAUCGGAAUGAAGUGUGGGAUUUUGAUAUAUCAAGGGAUUGGAAGAUGAUGAUAACUGGUAGUGACGAUAGCGACAUGAAAGUUUGGACGAUCGAUCAUGGCGUGCUUGCAAAAGGACUCGGUAUAGAAAGCGAGAAAAAUGAGGAAAGUUCAGAGAAUAGAUCGAAAGAGUUAUUAAAUUUUACGGAAGGUCCGGAAAAAUUCGUUGAGAUUUUUCGAAUUCGUACUCCAGAGGAAAUAAGGAAGAAAAUAGCGCGUCGUAAGAAACGACAAAAAGAAAAGAAACAAAGGGUCGGAGUUACAACCAUGGAUGAAGACAUUGAAGACAAUAAUGACGAAGAGAUUAAUGCAAGCGAUUUGAUAACACCAUACCAGAUCGUUCGUGCGAGUGGAAAAAUACGUUCCUUUGAUUUUACGGGAAAUGAAAAGAACCCAAAGGCUGAUUCCAUACAGGUCCUCAUUUCUUUGACAAAUAAUGCGCUCGAACUAUAUACGCUAGACCUUUUUUCUAAAAAUAAAGAGAAAGGAUUGAAUGAACCGGAAAGGCUUUACUCCUUGGACAUACCUGGUCAUCGUAACGAUAUUAGAACUUUGGCAUUAAGUUCGGAUGAUGAGUUGUUGUGUUCUUGUUCAAAGAGCGACCUCAAAAUAUGGAAUAUUAAAUCUUCUUCGUGUAUAAAAACGAUAGAAUGCGGUUAUGCACUGAGUUGUUCAUUUUUACCCGGAGAUCGAUAUGUCAUUGUCGGUACAAAAUCUGGACACCUGGAACUAUUUGAUCUCGCAUCUUCGUCUCUAAUUGAAUCUAUCGAGGCGCACAGUGGCCCCGUAUGGUCUUUACAAAUUCGCCCAGAUAAGCGCGGAAUGGUUACAGGCAGUGCCGAUUCGAGUGUCAAAUUCUGGGAAUUUGACUCCUCAUUGGAGAAUGAGGCGGAAGUCCAUCGACUAAAUUUAGUUCACUCGCGUACACUGAAAUUAUCCGACGACGUUUUGUGCGUUCGUUAUAGUCCCAAUCAGAAAUUGAUAGUGGUUGCGCUAUUGGACGCGACCGUUAAGGUAUUUUAUAAUGAUACAUUGAAAUUCUUUCUAUCAUUAUACGGACACAAGCUACCUGUGUUGUCAAUGGACAUUUCUUCUGACAACAUGUUGUUGGCGACUGGUUCAGCGGAUAAGAAUAUUAAAAUAUGGGGUCUCGACUUUGGCGAUUGUCAUAAGUCGAUAUUUGCUCACCAAGAUAGCAUAAUGUGUGUUCAAUUCGUAUCCAACACGCAUUACAUUUUUUCUUCAAGUAAAGACAAGUUAGUUAAAUAUUGGGAUGGUGAUAAGUUCGAAAAUAUCCAGAAACUCGAAGGACACCACGGAGAAGUGUGGAAUUUGACAAUCAGCAAUCGUGGUGAUUUAAUUGUUUCUGGAUCUCAUGAUCGAUCUAUAAGAGCAUGGGUGCAAACGGACGAACCGUUGUUCCUCGAAGAAGAACGCGAGAAGGAAAUGGAGGAACUCUAUGAGUCCACAUUGACAACUUCUAUGGAAAAAACCAGCCUCGAAGAUAAUAUCGCAGGAAAACAAACCAUGGAAACUCUCAAAGCUGGGGAACGCAUAAUCGAAGCAUUAGACAUUGCGGAUGAGGAUGCGGCAAAAUGGAAAGCCUAUCAUCAGAUCAAAGAGCGAGGCCAGGAUCCUGGACCACCCCCCAAACCGAAUCCUGUACUCGUCGCGCUUGGAAAUCUGACGGGAGACCUGUAUGUACUCAGAACUAUCGAAAAAGUGAGGCCUUCGGAGUUAGAAGAGGCCUUAUUGGUCAUACCAUUUACCAAAGUUAUCUCGUUAUUAAUAUACUUGGACUCAUGGGCCAAGAAGGGAUGGAAUAUGGCAUUGACUUGUCGCGUAUUGGUUCACCUUCUCAAGGUUCAUCACGAUCAAUUCGUUGCUAACCGACUAUUAAGACCAAGAUUAGACUCUCUUAGAACACAUAUUCGGACUUCGUUGAAACUUCAGAAGGUCUAG